AUGUCUUGCUUCCCCUGGCUCCUCACUCGGUGGACCUCCUCAGCCCUCUCUCUGCUGCUCCUCAGUGUAGUGGGCAGACAGAUGGGGCUGGAGGUGGUCCACGCAACAGUGUGCUCCAGGUGGGACACACCGGGUGACAAGAGCCUCUUCCAGGAUGGAGAUGUGAUUAUCGGUGGACUUUUCAAUGUGUAUUACCUAUCUUCAGCUGUCCAGCAGGUCUUCACCAAGAUGCCACAUUAUCAGCCUUGCACUGGGUUGGAUGUAGAGGCUUUGAAAUAUUUAUAUGCCAUGGCGUUUGCAGUGGAGGAAAUCAAUGGUAACAGCACCCUGCUACCAGGAGUGAAGCUGGGCUACCGUAUACUUGACAGCUGUUCCCGAUACCCCUGGACUCUGCAGGGUGCACUGUCACUGGUCGGAGGAGACACACACAGCUGUGGUUUAUCAGCCUCUAUGCCUCGUUCUGCAGAUUAUGAACAACCCAGAGAUGAAGCAGCAGGUACUAAGCUUGUUCCGUUGCUUAUUGGUGCUGCUUCAUCAACAACAGGCAUAAUGAUGUCCAGGAUCCUGGGGCCUCUCUCUAUCAGCUACUCAGCUAGCUGUCCCUGUCUUAGUGACAGGACAAAGUUUCCUAACUUCUUCAGAACAAUCCCCAGUGAUAUCUACCAAGCCCGGGUCAUGGCACAAAUGGCCAUUCGCUUCCACUGGACAUGGAUGGGUGCAGUGAUAGAAAACAAUGAUUAUGGUCACUUGGGGCUACAGGUGUUUCAGGAAGAGAUUCAGGGGAAAGGCGUGUGUUUGGAAUUCAUAGAGACUGUGCACACAGAAACUAUAGUGAGUGAUGCCCGACGUGCAGCACUCACAAUUCAAGCUUCGACUGCGAGGGUGAUUCUCAUCUUUUGCUGGUAUAUAGAUGCAAAGGCAGUAUUUCUGGAACUGGCCAAGAGAAAUGUGACUGACAGACAGUUUCUGGCCAGUGAGGCUUGGAGUACCAGUGAUGAUCUUCUCCAAGAUCUUACCAUCUCUAAAGUGGCAAGUGGUGUUCUUGGAGUGGCCAUUCGAAGUUCAACAAUACCUGGAUUUGAAAAUUAUCUGAGAAGUUUGCACCCAAGUCAUCGUCCUGAUGAUGAAUUCUUGCGAGAACUCUGGCAAAAAGAGUUUGGAUGCAGUCCUGGAGCUAAACAAUCACAUGCAAGGUCCCUUCAGAAAGAUUCUCUACCACCCUGCAGUGGGACAGAGUCCCUGGAGGGAGUUCAACUUCCCUUCACUGACACCUCCCAGCUAAGGGUGACAUAUAAUGUCUACCUUGCUGUUUAUGCUGCAGCCCACGCCCUUCACAGCCUUCUCUCCUGCCCCAACAGAGACAGCCCUCCUAGUAACAAGAGCUUCUGCUCCUCUCCAAAACACAUCAAACCCAUAGAGCUGUUGCAGCACUUGAACAAAGUGAACGUCACCACACCACAAGGGGAAAGGUUUUAUUUCCAAGGUGCCGACAUUCCAGCAAAGUACGACCUUGUCAACUGGCAGAACAGCCCUGAGGGGUCACUCAAACUUGUUUUGACUGGUCGAGUGGAUGGGUUUGACCUCCACCUGAAUGAGUCAGCUAUUCAGUGGAGCACAGGAUCCAAUCAGGUGCCUGUUUCAGUGUGCAGUGAGAGCUGCCCCCCAGGUACCAGAAAGGCCAACAGGAAAGGAGAACCUCUCUGCUGCUUUGACUGUAUCCCAUGUGCUGAAGGGGAGAUCAGCAAUAAAACUGGUUCCCUUCACUGUGAGCGUUGUCCAUCUGAGUUCUGGCCUAAUGUUGAACAAACAGCCUGCAUCCCUCGUCAGCUGGACUUCCUUUCCUUUAAUGAAACCUUGGGCAUUACUCUGACAACAGCAGCUGUGUCUGGUGCUGCAGUGACAGAAGCUGUGCUUGUGGUGUUUCUUCACUACCGUAAAACACCUAUGGUGCGAGCCAACAAUUCAGAGCUGAGCUUCCUGCUUCUUGUGUCGCUGAAGCUGUGCUUCCUGUGCUCACUGGUCUUCAUUGGUCGUCCAUCAGUCUGGACUUGUCGGUUCCAGCAGGCAGCCUUUGGGAUCAGUUUUGUACUUUGUGUUUCCUGCCUCCUGGUCAAAACCAUUGUAGUCCUUGCUGUUUUCCACUCAGCUCGGCCUGGUGCUGAAACCUUGAUGAAGUGGUUUGGUCCAGGCCAACAGAGAGGAAGUGUGUUCCUCUUCACCUGUAUACAGGUUAUCAUCUGUGCUGUAUGGCUGUCCCUCAGUCCCCCAGUGCCUCAACGUGAUCUGGGUUUUCAAGGGUCAAAGGUCACCCUGGAGUGUGCCAUGGCCUCUGUGGUUGGCUUCUCUCUGGUCCUGGGCUACAUUGGCCUGCUGGCCUGCACCUGCCUCCUCUUGGCCUUUCUUGCUCGGAAACUCCCCGACAACUUCAAUGAGGCCAAACUGAUCACCUUCAGCAUGCUGAUAUUCUGUGCUGUGUGGGUGGCCUUUGUCCCUGCUUACGUUAGCUCUCCUGGGAAAUAUGUUGUUGCAGUGGAAAUUUUUGCAAUCCUGGCCUCUAGCUAUGGUUUACUGCUCUGCAUUUUUGCUCCCAAAUGUUUCAUCAUUCUGUUGAGGCCUGAGAAAAACAGUAAGAAACAUCUGAUGGCCAGAUAG